GGCCGAAGGGCGGCGGAGCCCAGCGCCGGGAACAUUGUAACCCCGGGAGCCGGCUGGAGCGGGGCUCGCUGCGCCCGGAUCGUGCUGCGCCAUGGGGGCCUGCCUGGGGGUCUGCUCCCUGCUGAGCUGCGUGUCAUGUCUGUGCGGCUCAGCUCCCUGCCUCCUGUGUGGUUGCUGCCCCUCCACCAGGAACUCCACCAUCUCCCGCCUCAUCUUUACCUUCUUCCUGUUCCUGGGCACGCUGGUAUCCAUUAUCAUGAUCAUACCCGGUGUGGAAGAGCAGCUGCACAAGCUUCCUGGCUUUUGUGAAGGAGGCAGCUCAAGUCUAGGCAUCCAAGGUCGUGUCAACUGCAAGUCCUUCCUGGGUCAUAAGUCUGUGUACCGCAUGUGCUUUUCAACGGCUGCUUUCUUCUUCCUCUUCGCCUUGAUCAUGAUCUGUGUGAGGAGCAGUAAGGACCCAAGAGCAGCAAUUCAGAAUGGGUUUUGGUUCUUCAAAUUCCUGAUUUUGAUUGGAAUCACAGUGGGCGCUUUCUAUAUUCCCGAUGGAUCGUUCACGUCAGUGUGGUUCUACUUCGGUGUGGUGGGGUCCUUCCUCUUCAUCCUCAUCCAGCUCAUCCUCCUGAUUGACUUUGCCCACUCCUGGAGUCAGAUCUGGCUUCGUAAUGCGAACGAAGGCAAUGCCAAGGGCUGGUAUGCAGCCCUCUUCAUCUUCACCUUCACCUUCUACGCGGUCUCCCUCGCGGCCGUGGUGCUGCUGUACGUCUACUACACCAAGCCUGAUGGUUGCACGGAGAACAAGGUGCUGAUCAGCCUCAACCUGAUCUUCUGCAUCAUCAUCUCUGUCGUGUCCAUCCUGCCCAAGAUCCAGGAUGCUCAGCCUCACUCAGGCCUGCUGCAGGCCUCCAUCAUUACCCUCUACACCCUGUUCAUCACCUGGUCGGCCCUGGCGAACGUACCAAACAAGUACUGUAACCCCACGCUCCUGGUGAGGAACAGCACCGCUGGCCUCGUGGCUGAUGGGCAGGUGACUCAGUGGUGGGAUGCCCCAAGCAUUGUGGGAUUGGUCAUCUUCCUCCUGUGCACACUCUUCAUCAGCAUCCGCUCCUCAGACCACAGCCAAGUGAACAAGAUGAUGCUGACUGAGGAGAGCCCGGCCAUGCUGAGUGGCGGGGAUCCAAGCGUGGAAGAUGGGGCACAUCGGGCCUAUGACAACGAGCAGGAUGGCGUGGCCUACAACUACACCUUCUUCCACAUCUGCCUCUUCCUGGCCUCCCUCUACAUCAUGAUGACGCUCACAAACUGGUACAGGCCCGAUGAAGGUUCCCAGAUGAUGACGAGUCCGUGGACUGCAGUCUGGGUGAAGAUCUCUUCCAGCUGGGCUGGUCUCCUCCUCUAUCUCUGGACCUUAGUGGCCCCCAUCCUACUCCCUGGCCGGGAGUUCAGCUGAAAAGGACCUGCAGACAACCAUGGUCCAAACCAGCUGGACAGCUCGGACUCUCCAAACCAAGGAGCCCUGUUGCCAAAGCCCUGUCCCUGUCCCUGUAUCUAGAGCUGGGUUUGGGUCUCAUGGUGGGGAAAGUCCUAGCUAUGGAUGAAUGCUGGGCUCCUGUUUCUGCACCGAGAUCAGUUCCUUGGAAUUGUGCCUUUCUUUGUUUGUUGCUUUAAAAGGGAAAAAAGUGCCAAGCAGGGAAAGUCUGUAGCUUGUGUGUGAAGUCGGAAGCGUCGAAGGAAAUGUUUCUGGUUUGUUUGGGGGGUGGUUUUACUAUUGUAGACCUUCGCGUUUCUCUGGUGUUUCUGCGUGGCCUCUGUGCUGCUCUUUUGCAAGGAGGCAGUUGAAUCACCUUUGAGAAUUUUUGUUUUUAAGCAGAUGCUUGUAUGAUGCAUUCUUUGACUUGUGUUACCUGGGGAGCAUUUUGUAUAAUUCUUGCACAGCCCAUUUUGGCAUGUACCUGUCCAUGAACCUGCAAAGAUUUAAAUAAAUGGCCAGAAUUCAGUAUCAAUCAGCAUUGGUUGAGUAUCAGCCACCCCUGUGUAAUCAGCGAUUGGCGCAAGGGAAUAUUCUAACUUCAGAAAUCAGCUUUCAAUAGAUCAAACCGUCUCACGGUUACAAGGCUCCAGGUACGUGGCUGAGGAAGAGUUACAGCCAAUUGCAGCCUCAGAAAUGUAAUGGAAACCUUUCACAAAUUACGCUUGACUUACACCACCCAAUCGCAUCAUCCUUUGUCCACACAGGCCCCUCCCAUGAGCAAUCAAUGCACUCUGUAGCCCCUCCCUCCAAAUCGUUAUUCCCUGAAGCCCGGACUCCAAACUGACAGCAGUGGGCGCUGUCCAGAGGCCGCCGCGGGGGAUUCUGUGACGCUCACAAGUGAUUGCCUUGAAGAACAAGAAUGAUACUUAAGAUCUAGGUGUCAUUCUGAAACCUCCUGGCCACAGUGUGCUCUCUGCUGUUCACAUUACUCCUUACAUAGUUUGCCCUGCACAGGUUAUACAAGGACAAAGUGGGGUGGGGGAAUGGCAUGCUGAAAUUCUGCCAAAUCUUUCCUCGUUAGUGUUCUAGGAUGAGAUGCUUCAACAGAACUAGGAGCAGAAAUGAAAAUGGUUGGGCUGUGACUGAAAGAGCCUUACCUGCCUCUUCAGCCCCAUGGCACCCUAAGGCCCUGAUCCUGUAACUGGAUCCGUGUAGAAGCAGCCUACACCCUAUGUGGUGCUCCAGUGGGAAUCCAUGGAGGUGCAAGGAUCUGCCCUCUCUGGCUGUUUGCAGGAUUGGGGCCUAAAUCCUGGUUCCCGUGUCCUAUGAGGACAGGUUUUCCUUUUGGCUGUGAAACGUCUUCGCUUGUUUGUUUUGGUUUUUAAAAAGGAAGACUGUGCUACCAAUAAAAGGCCUUUUUUUUUUUGGCAAAUCCCCUUGUCCGGCAAUGUGUGAUGUGUACGGUACUGUCAGUACCCGGGGAGCUCUAGAGUAGGCAGAAUGUCCAAACACAGCCCCCACAGAAAAACUGACACUAAGGUCUUGAUGGGCCCAGGUAGCAGUUGGCUGUUAUGCAGGCAAUGGAGAUGAGGGCAGUGUAGCUGGGAUGCUUUGUGCAGCAGGUGAGUUCUCGGGAGGCAGGAGAGGCGCUGUGGGCGUUUUGGAUAGCUCACUAGUAGAACUGGGUGGGAGAGAGUUUAGAAAUGUCUCCUCUUUGGCAUUGAGACCUUUCACUAUUGUUUGAUAGGAAGGUUGGGGACAGAGAGAGGGAGAAAGCCCCCACCCCAGUACAGCCAGUCACCUGCUGGUUAGGGCACUUGUGGGAUGUGGGAGACCUGGGUUCAGGUCUUACACCCCCCAAAAGACACAGCUGUGCCAAAGUAAGUUGUCAGUGUAGACCAGCCCUAGUCACUGGGAUUCGAGAGACCUGGCUUCUAUUGGCAGAUUCGCCCCCAACCUGCUGUGUGGCCUUGAGGCGAUCUACCUCACUUCCCCGUUGGAAGAAAGGAGAAAGAUGAGUGCUCUCCUUUGUCAAGUGCUUUGAGAGCUAAUGACAAAUGCUGCUUCAAUGUGGCAUGUUAGUUGGGAUACAGUGAGGGACACAAGGCUUAGUGUGACCUAGAGGAUAGAGCAUUGGGUUAGGACUCACGAGACCUAGGUUCAGUUCCUAGUUCUGCCACUGGCCUGCUGGGUGACCUUGGAGAAGUCACUUCCCUGUGCCUCAGUUUCCCCAUUUGUAAAUGAGGCUAAAGAUUCUGACAUGUUUUGUAAAGUGCUCUGAGACCACUUGGAGAAAAGUGCCAUGUAAGAGCGAAGUAUUAACGUUAAGUGUGGAGGGCAGCAGAAGGCUGAGACUGGGAAAAGCAGACACAGGAGUUAAGAAAGGAGUAGGGCAGCUGGGGAACAGGAGGAGAGAAAGAUAUUGACAUAGACAGGUGCUGAUUCAUGGGGAUUUUUGACGGUGACCUUCAUGCAGAAGUGUCUCAUGCUUCAUGCCAGCAAAUGCUGUCUAGAGCAGGGGGCAGUGUUCCCUUUCCUGUCUGCAAGGGGGCCUGUUCUGCUCCCACAAAGGAGUGUCUGCAGGUAUGGGGAGAACCGACCAUGAGGCAACAUCUGGUUUAGUCCUAGUUUUCCAGUUCAGGAAGCCGAGGAACUCCCAGCUCUCCCCCGUCCCUCCCAUGCUCUGGGGUUUCUCUCACCAUUCUUGGUGUCGCAGGAACCUGCAACCCCCUUGGCUAUAGCUUUGGGGGCAGGAGGGGUAUACAAAAGAUGAUAAAACCGUGAGCAUCUGGUAUAUAAAAAGCACAACCAUAAAGGGGUUAUAAAGCAUCAGAGCUAAGUUAGUGCACUUCAGAGGGGCACAUUCUGCGCACACAAAUAUCCAGGGCCUGAUUCUCCCUUGCUCUGCAACUUGUAUCAUUUACACCAGUGCAAAAAAGGUGUAACGCCACCCAUGCAGGACAGCUAGUGCUGUGCUCUGGUGGCAAUGACAGCCACAAAGUACAGAGGGACAGGAUCUGGCCCCCAAGCUCCUCAGUGGAUUCAGAGCAUGCCAGUGCUGAGACAGAGGCCUGUGCUGGCUGCUGCCCCAUCACGAGUUCUCUCCAUUGACCUGCUUCUAGUUCCAGGCAGAAGAGGAGCCUGAGGAACUGCUGAGAGCCUUGUGCUCCCUUCGAGCUGCAGCCAUUCCUUACAACACAGCCACUGUGAUUGCAUGGCUGCGCUCUGGGGCCCAGGACUGGAAAGUCCCAGGCCUUCAAAGCCCAUGACCGCUCAGACUGGCAGUUCCCUCUGUCUGAGGGCAUGUCUACACUACAAAAUUAAGUCGACCUAACUUACGUUGGCAUAUAGCUGCCGCAGUAAUUACAUUGCUUACAGUGCCUGUCUGUGCUUGCUCCUUGUGUCGGUGGUACGUGUCCUCACCAGGAGGACUUUUACUCAUUGAACUGCCAGUGUGGGGCAUUGUGGGAUGGAUUCUGAAAGCCAGCAGCAGUCAAUGUAAGCAAUGCAGUGUCUAGACUGAUGCUGUGUCGACCUAGUUAUGUCGACAUUGAUUCUGUGCCUCUCGUGGAGAUGGAAUGAUUGUUGGUAUAGAAGGCAAGUUAUGACGGCGGGAGCAAAAUUUUCCUAUAGACACUUCCAUAGUUAGAUGGCGUAAGCUGCCUUGCAUCGACCUAACUCUGCAGUGUAGACCAGGCCUGACAGGGAUGCUCUGGAGUUUUUGUUGCUGGUGCAGAGAGAGUGUCUCAUGUAGAGCAGGAGCAGCAGGAUUCUGGGCUGGAGGCUUUAGCCUAGUGGCUCUCAACCUUUCCAGCCUCCUGCACCCCUUUCAGAGUCUGAUUUGUCUUGCACACCCCAAGAGUCACCACAUUUAAAGACGACUUGCUUACAAAAUCAGACAUAAAAAUACCCAAGUGUCCCACCAUGUAAUUAUAAAAUUAAUCGAUUGGAAUAUAAAUACUGUACUUCUGUUGCAGUGUAUAGUAGAUAGAGCAGUAUAAACAAGCCAUUGUCUGUAUUAAACUUAAGUUUGUACUGACUUUGCUAGUGCUUUUUAGGUAGCCUGUUGCAGAACUAGGCCAAUCUCUAGAUAAGUUGAUGUACCCCCUGGAAGAGCUCUGCGCACCCCCAAGGGUGUGUGUACCCUGGGUUGAGAACCGCGGCCUCAGCCUAAUCCAGCUGGAAUCCAGAACACUUUAUUAAACGGGGGCAAGGGAAUGCAAGGAACCAGGGCUCAGCUGAAUCUUGCUAUGGAUUGUAGGCAAGUAUAAGUUGCACGUUUUUGCCACUAGAUGGCGCACUCAACCUACCUUUGUGAGCCUGUGUGUUGGAGCCCCCAGCAAUCAGCUAAUUCCAAGGGGGACUGGAGUAAAGGAAGAUGUGUCCAUGCAACACGCUUCAGUGAUGCAUAACAAAUUCCAAACGCAUUGGCCACAUGCUCAAUACAGGAGCACUCCACCCCCUGCCAUAGCAGGGCUUUGUGCUCCAGUGGUGAAGGCAACUAGUGUGAAGUGCUGAUCUUAGCUUCCACUUCCCCUGGGCCCCAUGGAGAAUGCUCAGGUCAGUCGCGAGUAGGAUCUCCCGCAGAACAAGGCCAUAGCCUUUGGCGUACUCUGAAGGUGGAACUAACCAUUGUUUCCCUUCCAUCGACACUCGUGCACAUAGAGGAGCACUUUACUGAGUGCCAGGACAGCAGGGAGAUGGCACAGGUUGGGAUUUGCAGGAUAAGUGAUGUCUGAGCGUGAUUUACUUCAGGCUCAGUUGUGUUUGUGGCAGGCUGGAUGUGUCCUCCUGGCACAAACGCUGGGCUGGCACCUCCGGGCACUCUCCUCUGUGAGAGAUCCCAGAGCAGGCAGAUCUCUUCAGCCGCCCAACUUCCUGAGCUGUCUGGCUACAAAAGCGCUAGCUGCCCAUUCCCACAGCUCUGCACACCUGCCUGCGCCCUUACCCUCCAAGAAACCUGCCACUUCCACCAGCUGGCAAACCACAGAUAUUCAUGGGCUGAGGGGGGCAUUUCUGGGGGUUUGCAUAGCUGGGUGCUGAGGCAGAGAAAAGACUGAGCUGGUGAACCAAAGGUUUGGCGAUGGAGGCAGCUGUCGUCUUUGCCUGCUCUAGAGAGGGCAGCCCCCCCCGCCCCCCGAAUCAGGUGAGAACAGAACCUUCAGUGGGCACAGUACAGAACUUAAACCAAUUCAUAGCGUCUACUCUGGGCCUGCUGUGUUGUUGGUACUUUCACUGGUUCAGUGCGGCCACAUGAAGCAGAAAAAAGCAAAUGCUUUAGCAAGAGGAAGGAUGGUCCAGUGGUUAGAGCACUAGCCUAGGAUGUUGGAGAACUGGGGUCAAGUCAUGGUUCUGCCACAGUCUUCCUGUGUGCCCUUGAGCAAGUCAUUUACCCUUUCAGUGCCUGAGUUUCCCAUCUGUACAAUGGGGAUAAUAGCACUGCCCUGCCUCCAGGGGUGUGUGAGGGUAAAUAUGUUACACUGUGAGGUGCCAAGCUCCCCCAGUUAGAGAGAGGGGAUAGAUACAGGUCCAAUUCCUUACUUAUUUCCCUUUGCUGGCAAACUGUGCAGUUAGUCCAUGGGACUGAGACUUAGAGCUUGUGAGCUGUAAUCCCAGCCCUGGCACUGACUCACUGUGUCAGCCCUGCUGAAACCACCCAGCGUGGCACCCGGCCUGCCCACGGCUGGGGGCAGCUAUGGGUCAUAAGCCAGCUCAAAGCCACUGUCCGGUUUCCCUACUACUCCCUUAUCAGGCAGCAAAGAGCCGGAGACGGAGUCGGAGCUGGGACCCUGCUCCUGAGGCUGAAACGGCGACCACAGGCAGAGAAGCAUUUGCCACAGGCAGGGCACGGGGACUCGCUGCUGUUCCCCGGUGAGGGCGUGGCUCGGAAGUGCAGCAGGGUGACAGCUCUGGGCAGAGACUUGACCUCGUCAGCCCACUGCAUUCACCUCAGGCUGAGCUCCCGGCCUUUCUGUCUGCAGCCCUGGCUGAAUCAGCUACGGGGAGAUGGGGCGCAGGGCACAUGGUGUGAGCACAGAAGUGGGGGGCAGGCAGGAGAGCUGAGUGUGAAGGGGGGCCCUGCCUGCCGGGAACUGCCGGGGGAGAGGGAUGAAUCACUCGCCAGCUGCUAUUGUGAUGCAGGUCUGAUGCAGGGCGCUUGCCUGCCCUGCUGCUACGGUGGGUUAACUCUGAACAAUGAGGCAUGGCCCUGGGCAUCUUCCCCCGGAGCGAGGGAGUCUGCUCGGCUGAGCGCUUAUGCUGGGGGGGCGGAGGGAGCAGGCACGCACUGCCAGACCUGGGCCAAGGCCUCACCCAGUUGGGUGGCAGGGACUGAAAAACCAUCGCCGUAGCCCUGAAGGCUCCCCUGCCUUUAAAACACCCCCAGCCAAGUGUCUCCUGCUCACACACAAGCCCCAGGGGCCACUGCUGUGCGGGACGGGGGGCUGUGUGAGCCAGCCAGGGCCUGACAGGCCCGGUAGUCCGAGGUGCUGGCACUAUGUCCAGCUGGCCAGGUGAGCUGGCCCUGCUCCCUCGCCACACGGAGCUCAGCCUACGCGGGAGAC